AUGACUCUUCAGGAGAAACGGAGAGCAUUCUACAUCGUCUCUCUGUCCUGCGGAGUAUUUGAUUACCUUGAAGAAACGCCUAUUUUUCGAGAGUACCACAGUCUAGCAGAAACAGGAAUGAUCAAAUUUGGAUACACCAUUCUAGUUGUGACGAUCCAAAAUCCUUCCAAUCUACAAAAGAAAUAUCGACUGGAGUUCGACUACUGGAGCAUGUAUGGAUCGAUUUACCAUGGUGGAUACACCACACAAUCACUGGUCUUCACCUGCACAGGUGCUCCCCGUAUCUACGAAAUAGCUACACGAGCUUCCAUCACUACUACGAAAGAUAAGGAAGACAAGAACAGGAAGAGACUAAGUUUCCUCAACGACGGACACAAACACAUAGUGGCUACAUGUUUCACAUAUAGGGUUCUCCUGAGAGAUACGACUGACAUUCGCCUGGUCCAUAUGCUUUCCAACGAGCGUUAUAUUCCACCCCUAGAUAGGUGGAUUGAUAGACGAUUUCCAGACUCUGUUCCGUACGCAGAACAACUUGGAAAGUUCUUGGUGUUACUCACGGCACAGAUAUUUCCAUUUCGGAUCAAGUAUCAGCUUCAGAUGCUUGUCUGGAACGGAGAGCUUCCGCCUUCGACAGUUAUUGGCCUCUUUCCAUAUGCGUAUGCUCUGCUCUCUAGGAGACGGUUAGAUGUUGCAGUCAAUGUGUUUCAGAAGCUACCAAGGAAGCUCCAGCGUCCCUGUCCAAAUGUGGAUAGCUCUGAGUUUGAUUCCGAGAGGUUAAUCGAAAUCCUCACCGAGAUUGAAGAGGGAAAAGUGUCGGAGUUUCUGGAUACAGGAAGACCUGGACAUGUGCACCAAAACCAGACAGAAGUCCACAGAGCUACAGUCGCACCCACGGGUAUCUAUCUAUGCGGACCGUACCCCGAAACUCAGAACCGAGUUUUGAGAAGAUUUUCAAGAUUCAAUGAUUUUUUUCUUCGCGUGGAGUUUGUUGAGGAAACUGGGGAUCCGAUCAUGUACGACAUCACAUCCAACCUAGAUGGCAUAUACUACGAUCGGUUCCGGAUGAUUCUGAGGGAUGGGAUCAUCAUCGCAGAUCGCCAUUUCAACUUUCUCGGAUUCUCCCACUCUUCAUUGAGGGCGCGGACAUGUUGGUUCAUGGCCAACUUUAUCUGCAAUGGCGAGCUCGUGGAUGUGUCCCGCAUGAUUCACAAGCUGGGGAAUUUCCAACACAUCUACUCGCCUGCGAAAUUUGCGGCCAGGAUCGGGCAGACGUUUUCUGAUACCCUGACCUCCAUUGCGAUAGAUCCUCGCAUCGUCAGAAGAGCUGAGGAUGUAGAAAGGAAUGGUCGCGUGUUCAGCGACGAGAGUAUCCUCUCGCGCAUCGGUUCGGCCUACAGUGUUUCAGAUUCGAUUAUCAGCUCGAAGAAAGGCCCAGAGAUAAUGCUCCGGAAAUCCAUGGUCAAAUUCGAAGCUGCAGACGACUGGAAUAUAGAGACAUGUGGGUCUGGAAUCGAGAAGCUCCCCUUCUUCUUGAACGCGCAGCUCAUCAAGAUUCUCGAGGAUCUGGGGGUGCCGGCUGAAGCAUUCCUGGAGUUGCAAGGAGAUGAGAUCGAAACACUUCGACAGACUGUGCAAUCGGCUGAGCAAACGGCAAAAUUUUUGGAACAAUCUCACAUGGCGAGGUCAACACGUCUACCCUGA